ACGAUGCCCCAGACGUCUGUGGUCUUCUCCAGCAUCCUUGGGCCCAGCUGUAGUGGACAGGCGAACCCCAGCAUGGGGGAAAGAGGAGGUGGGGCCAGCGGUCCUGGGGACCUCAUCUUCCAAGAUGGACGUCUCAUCUCUGGGUCCCUGGAGGCUUUGAUGGAGCAUCUGGUCCCCACGGUGGACUAUUACCCGGACAGGACAUACAUCUUCACGUUUCUCCUGAGCUCCAGGGUCUUCACGCCUCCCCGGGACCUGCUGGCCCGGGUGGGACAGAUCUGCCUGGAGCAGAGGCAGCAGCUGGAGGCUGGGCCUGAGAAGGCCAAGCUCAAGUCUUUCUCCGCCAAGAUCGUGCAACUCCUGAAGGAGUGGACAGAGGCCUUUCCCUAUGACUUCCAGGAUGACAAGGCCAUGGCCGAGCUGAAGGCCAUCACUCACCGCGUCACCCAGUGCGAUGAGGAGAAUGGCACAGUGAAGAAGGCGAUCACGCAGAUGAUACAGAGCCUGCUGCUGUCCCUGGCUGCCCGGAACCAGUUACAGGAACUUCGGGAGAAGCUCCGGCCACCAACCAUGGACAAAGGGCCCAUCCUGAAAGCCAAGCCACCAGCUGUCCAGAAGGACAUCCUGGGAGUGUGUUGUGACCCGCUAGUGCUGGCCCAACAGUUGACUCACAUCGAACUGGAGAGGGUCAGCAGCAUUUACCCCGAGGACCUGAUGCAGAUCAUAAGCCACAUGGACUCUCUGGAUAACCACAGGUGCCGAGGGGACAUGACCAAGACCUACAGCCUGGAGGCCUAUGACAACUGGUUCAACUGUCUGAGCAUGCUGGUGGCCACAGAGGUGUGCCGGGUGGUAAAGAAGAAGCAUCGCACCCGUAUGCUGGAGUUCUUCAUUGAUGUGGCCCGGGAAUGCUUCAACAUUGGCAAUUUCAACUCCAUGAUGGCAAUCAUCUCUGGCAUGAACCUCAGUCCAGUGGCACGGCUGAAGAAAACAUGGUCCAAAGUCAAGACGGCCAAGUUCGAUGUCUUAGAGCACCACAUGGACCCAUCUAGCAACUUCUGCAACUACCGCACAGCCCUGCAGGGGGCGACGCAGAGAUCUCAGAUGGCCAACAGCAGCCGAGAGAAGAUCGUCAUCCCUGUGUUCAACCUCUUUGUCAAGGAUAUCUACUUUCUGCACAAAAUCCACACCAACCAUCUGCCCAAUGGGCACAUAAACUUCAAGAAAUUCUGGGAGAUCUCCAGACAGAUCCAUGAGUUCAUGACAUGGACGCAGGUGGAGUGUCCCUUUGAGAAGGACAAGAAGAUUCAGAGUUACCUGCUCUCGGCACCCAUCUACAGCGAGGAAGCUCUAUUCGUGGCCUCCUUUGAGAGUGAAGGUCCUGAGAACCACAUGGAGAAGGACAACUGGAAGGCCCUCAGGACCACUCUCCUUAACAGAGCCUGAGGAUAAAGGCUGCAGAUGCCGGAUGAAGCAGCUGAGUUUGCAUCUUUUUUUGUUUUGUUU